AUGAAAAUGAACGAGGAGUCUUCGUUUUUGGGAUACAGAGCAACUACGAACGCAACGUUGACGGUAACUCCAACCUGUAAUGUUACACUUGACGCUUCUAAAGCACAUUUUAAUGACUACUACUUGAUGCUCUUCCGCUAUGAAGCACCUCCAAUUUAUAUGCGUCGUUAUAAAAACUCCAAACCAAUCGUUCAUCUUUCCGAUCUUGUUUGUCGCCAAAGAGCCGAUAAGUAUCAGUGGGAGUAUGGCGCCAACUCGAAAAUCACUGACAAAACUCUUCAUGUAGCCAUUCAAAAUGCUGGUUACUGUGAGACGUGUGAGCCAUUCAAGAUGUCUGAUGAUUCGGUGACAAUGGCAACUGUCAAUGAAACGUGUGACAUAAUACAAUUCAAGUGCGCCGAUAGUGAGAAUGCUGUCGAGAUCAAGUUUCAGACGCCGUUUGAAGCAAAGCAGAUUCGCGGAUUCUACCCCGACUUGACCCUCGUCACUGCGGUAUGUGUCGACAGUGGUUGGCAAAUCAACGGAGUAAAAGUCCAAAAUCCAGAAGUCACAUGCAAUUCUGUUUAUGGCGACCUGGCCUACCUAUCCUAUGCGUUAAGGUGUCCAUGCAGUAAGCCGACCAUCUUUAAAAGCCCGGCGGAAUCCGAUAAAGCACGAUUUUGGGAGGAGUUCGCCUAUCACUAUCCGGGAUCUGGAGUUUAUAUGGAUAGAGUAUCUACAGAUGGGAGACUGAAGUAUUUAAUAGACAAUUGCACAUCUGAAUUUGUUUGUGGAGACACCGACACAUUUGUAGUGUUUAAUAUGAAUCAUUAUCCUUUGGUUUACCCAAAUGGCAAGAGACCCGACUUGAGAUGCGUGAACCCGCCACAAUUUCAAACCAAUCAAUCUGACAGCUACGGUGGAUCGAUAACAUUAUGGUGACCAUGCCAAUGUACGCAUGCUUCGAAAGCAUCCCAAAAAUUGAUGAUCCACAAAUCGAGAUGAACGGAUGCAAAUGUCCGCAGCUAAGAUACAUCGAUCAGGAUGGGAUUUUAGAUUUAGGAGAACAAUCGGCCUACUUGGCCAAUAGACAAGUGUUCAAACCAAAAGUAACCGUGAACUGGAAUUGUGAAGUGACGGUUGAUGAAGCAGGCCUUGACCUUCCAGAUCAUUACUUGAUGAUAUUCCGUGAAGAAGCGCACCCGAUCUUUAUGCGUCGAUUUGUCAAUGGAACCCAAUCGUCUCCAAUUCCACUAACUGACCUGGUCUGGAGUGGAUGGGCUAAUAGCCAUGCAAAUACCUGGUUCUACAAAGGUGUAGAGCUUUCGGAAAACUCGCUGUACAUCGCUCUCCAGAGCAACGAAGGAUCAUGUGACUGUCCGAAGUUUACCAAUCUCCAAGAUGUUGCCGUAGAAGAGCUACUGGGAACUUGUGAUAUACUCCAGUUCUCGGUUAACAGCUCUGACUCCCUAACUUACGUUAUAAUGGAUCUAGAUUUUGAUGGCAUUGGUAUCACAGAUACUUUAGUUAUGGGUCCUGGAAAUUUCACGUUGACUGGUGCGGUUUGUAUCAAUCAAGAGUGGUAUUUUAACGGACGACCUUUACCUAAUCCAGCUUUCACCUCUACAGAAAGAGAAAUAUAUCCAGCAAACUGGAAUUUUGUACGACUUUGCCACUGCGCACCACCAUUCAUUUUUCAAAGCGACAACGAGAUGUUCAACUCAGACUCGUUCAGUGUAAUUUUUGACAAGAAACGGAUGUUCAAAAACCGAACACUGGCAGAUGGAACCAUGGAAUACAUUGAUGACUGGUGCGAUGUUUACUUUAGCUGCUCAGAAGCUGAUGAUCUUGUUGUGUUCAGCGUUGAACACGAUCCCAUACUAUUCCCAACUGGCGAUGCCUCUAGCAUGAGAUGUAUGAACCCACCAGUUUCUCAGAAUGGUACUCUGAAGCCAUUUACUUCGGGAAAGUACUGGUGGAUUGAUACCUCAAUGAUGCAUAUGCCGUACUUCACAUGUUUAAAAAAACUUGAAGAACCAACUGAUAUUGAAAUGAAUGGAUGCAAAUGUCCGCAGCUAAAAUACAUCGAUCAGGAUGGUAUCAGUAGUUUGGGCGAACAGUCGGCCUACUUGUCCAAUAGACGAAUUUUCAAGCCGAAAGUAACCGUGAGCGGGAAUUGUGAAGUGAUAGUGGAUGAAGCGGGUCUUGACCUUCCAGAUCAUUACUUAAUGAUAUUCCGUGAAGAAGCUCAUCCAAUUUUCAUGCGUCGAUUCUUAAAUGGAACCCAGACGUCUCCAAUCCCACUGACUGACUUGGUUUGCAGGCAACAAGACGAUCAAUAUGUGUGGUUCUACGAGGAGAAUAAACUUUCGGAAAACUCGCUCUACAUCGCUCUCCAGAGCAAUGAAGGGGCAUGUGAAUGUCCGAAAUUUACCAAUAUCAGAGAUGUAGUCGCAGAAGAGCUACUGGGAACUUGUGAUAUACUCCAGUUCUUGGUGAACAAUUCAGAGUUGACUACGGUCUUCUCAAUUCAGUAUGAUUUCGAGGAUAUGUGGGUGAUAGAUGACGUAUAUAUGGGUCCUGGAAAUUUCACAUUGACUGGCGCUGUCUGUGUUAAUCAAGAAUGGUACUACAACGGACGAGCUUUACCUAACUUAGAUAUCUCUACUGUAAACUUCAAUGAAAAUCCAACUGAAUGGCCAUUUGUAAAACGUUGCCAUUGCGCGCCACCAUUAAUUAUAGGCAAAGGAGACGACUGGAUGAAUACAGACGUGUUCACUCUAGUUUUAGACAAAAAACGUAGGUUCAUGAACCGAACACCGACCGAUGGCCUCUUACUUUACUAUGAGGACGUGUGCGAGAUGGACUUUGCCUGCGCAGAAACUGACGAUCUAGUUGUGUUCAGCUAUGAGCAUGAUCCCAUAACGUUUCCAAAUGGAUUGGCCUUCGGAAUGAAAUGCCUGAGCCCCCCAGUUUCUCAGAAUGGUACUCUGAAACCAUUUACUUCUGAAAAUUCCUGUUGGAUUGAUACCUCUAUGAUAAAUCAGCCAUACUUAGCAUGUCUUGAAAAACUUGAAGAACCUGCUGAAAUAGAGAUGAAUGGGUGCAAGUGUCCGCAGUUGAAAUACGUCGAUCAGGAUGGGAUCGGGAAUUUGGGCGAGCAGUCGGCCUAUUUGGGCAAUAGACAGAUUUUCAAGCCGAAAGUGACCGUGGGCGGAAACUGUGAAGUGAUGGUAGAUGAAACCGGUCUUGAACUUCUGGAUCAUUAUUUGAUGAUCUUCCGUGAAGAAGCGCGUCCAGUUUUUGUGCGUCGAUUCCUGAAUGGGACUCAGAUGUCUCAAAUCCCACUGACUGACUUGGUUUGCAAGCAACAUGACGACAAAUAUGUGUGGUUCUACGAAGAGAAUAAACUUUCGGAAAACUCGCUGUACAUCGCUCUCCAGAGCAAUGAAGGAGCAUGUGAAUGUCCGAAAAUUAUACCUUACCGAGAUGUAGUCAUAGAAGAGAUACUGGGAACUUGUGAUAUACUCCAGUGCUCUGUUAAUAGUUCAAUUGAAUUUACGAGAUUUUUAACGUAUAUACAGUUCGGUAACAUACUGGGAUUUGAUCAAUUGAUGAUGGGUCCUGGAAAUCUUACAUUGUCUGGCGCGGUAUGUGUCAAUGAACAAUGGUAUUAUAACGGACGAAUUUUAUCAAUCCAAAACGUUUUUUCUACGGAAUUUACUGGAAUCAGCCCUGACAGUCCUGACUUAAUUUUUGCACGACGUUGCCAUUGCUCAAUGCCAACCAUAUCCGGACAAGAUGACGCUUACUUUUACAGAGACUCAUUCACUGUAAUUUUUGACAAGAGAGUAAUGUUCAAAAACCGAACACUGGUAGAUGGAACCAUGACUUAUAGUGACGACCUGUGUGAAAUGGACAAUAGGUGUUUAGACUCUGACGAACUUGUGGUGUUCAGCGCUGAAAACGAUCCCAUAGUUUUCCCAUCUGGUCAUGCCCCUAGCAUGAAAUGCGUCAACCCACCAGUUUCUCAAAAUGGUACUCUCAAGUCAUUCACUACAGAAAGGUACUGGUGGAUUGAUACCUCCAUGAUGACUAUGCCAUACCUCACAUGUCUAAAAAAAAUUGAAGAACCUGCUGAAAUAGAGAUGAAUGGAUGCAAGUGUCCACAGCUGAAGUUCAUAAGUCAGGAGGGAAUCGCAAGCAGAAACUCAUCAGCAUACUUGAAAGAUCGAGCCACUUUCCGACCUACUGUGACGGUCAGCGCGUCGUGUGAAGUUCAAGUUGAUGCAUCUUCAAUCGAGAUUGAUGACUUUUACCUGAUGCUGUUCCACGAUAAAGAACUACCUAUUUUUAUGCGUCGAUUCUACGCGGGCACCGACAAAGCUUCUCCAGCUACACUCAGCGAUUUAGGUUGUCGGGAAGUGAACGGCCAUAUUCAAUGGGAAUAUCGAGGAUCUAAACUCACUGAAAACGAGCUCUUUAUAGCUGUUCAAAGCAAUGAGGAAUCCUGUGGGUGUGGGGAGUUGCCAGUAAAUUCUGCUUCCCAGCUAACCAUGACCCUUGUGGACGGAACAUGUGACAUUUUCCAUUUCCAAUGCUCUCUCAAUAACUUUGGAGCCACAAUUGUGUCCACACCAUCUGUUGAGCAAGAAGUUUAUCGCACCUAUUUCUCGUCGUCUCUCAGCACAAUGACUUGCGUGAAUUCUAAAUGGUCCCUCAACAGUAUUCCAUUGACCGCGCCAGUCGCAGCUUGCAGCAAUCUAAGUCCAGGCUACGACGAAGAUUAUUACUUAUACGUACAAUCCUGUACGCCAUGUACCAAGCUUGCUGAAAUAGACUUCCCACCGGAGGGACAGGACAACAUUGAGUUUUGGGACAAGUUCACUUACAACUACGACAAGGCAGGCACCUACAGAGACGCUGUUUCAAAACGUCCCAGUGUGUUUUACGACAGCAUAAAGUGCACAAUGAGACCGAUAUGUUCGAAGUAUGAUCAAGACCUGGUCAUUUUCAGUAUGAGCCACGAUCCAAUAGUUUACCGCUCUGGGCAAACUUCUGACAUCCGAUGUCUCCCACCUCCAGCUGCUCAAUCUGCGGACACUAUCCAGAGUACUGAGCACUACUGGUGGAUUGACGGAAAAAUGGUUACCAAUCCAGUGUUCACUUGUGUCAAGCGUAAAGGAUGUCCUUGCUCUAGAAUCUACACUAAUAUUUGGGAGAAGAGACUGGAGGCAGUGGCGUACACCCGGUACCUGAGCCAUCGGCAAUUUUUUGAGCCGGAGUUUAGCGUUAAUGAGUAUUGUGAAGUGAUGAUUGAUAUAUCGCAAAGUAAGGUUGAUAACUUUUUCCUGCUCUUUAUCAGAAAUCCCGAGACUCCAAUUAUUUUCCGUCGUUUCAACGCGGGUACACCGAAAACCGAGCAAAUCCCAUUGACAGAUUUGAUAUGUGCUCAGGACUUUGACAAGUUCUAUUGGCACCACAGGGAAGUGAAGAUAGGCGAAACGUUUGAGGCGACACUCGUCAGCGAUGAAGAGUGCGGCUGUGAAGAGAGGGAGUCUUAUUAUGGUAUUGAAAGAACAGGGCAGUGCAAUUUGUAUGAGUACACCUGCCCGAACAACUCCUAUUUGUUCCGCAUGGAAGACUAUGGCAGCAUUGGCGUCGGCGAUGAUUACGGUCUCAUAUCGUAUCAUCCAUGGAAAGUGCAAAUUGCUGAGAAAACAUGUGUAAACUCCAAAGUAUAUUACAAUGGAUAUGAAAUAGAUUCCAUGUAUUCCCGAUGCGUCAUCCCAGAGGCCGAAAAUCCUAAAGUUAGCAUUCCAGACGAAAAUUGUCCCUGUGUGGAAUUCCCAUCAUUUGCGGUGACUGAAAGCCUUCUUGAUUCGAGUAGUUCGUACCUGUGGCAGCUGAUGGUGAGAAAGUGGAGAAUUGAUGAAGAAUACCUGAAUCGGACUAGUGAAAUAGGAAAUAUCAUUAAAUUUGGACAAUCGUGUUUAUUUGCGCUGAACUGCCCGCCUGGUACAAAGAAAAUUGUGGUUUGGAGCUUUAACACCAAGCAGCUGACAUUCGACUUCACUGAUCGUAUCGAUGUGCAAUGCUCCCCGUCGCCAGCUACAACCGCAUUGAACAACAUCUCUGACUGGCAAUGGUGGGUUAAUGGAUACCCAAUGGCUGGACCAUUUUUCACGUGCUAUAAGUAA